AUGACGGCUCUCAAAUGUCCAUGGUCGCUCAGCAUUUCUCAACAAAAGCGUAAACGCAUUCCAUCGCCAUGUUUAGACAACAAAAGACAGAAGCAAGAAAGAUUACCAAAGCCACCAUAUUCAUACACUGGUAUGAUAGUCCUUGCCAUAGACAACCAACCAGACAAGACAAUCACUACAUCCGUAUUGUUUGAUUUCCUCCGCACUCUAUUUCCAUUCUUCUGUACUGCUUACAUUGGUUGGAAACAUACUGUUCGGAAGACACUCAGCAUCAACAGAUGUUUUGAAUGUAUUGACCGCAAACAUCCUGGAGGAAAAGUAUGGACCGUAGUCUUCGCCAAAGUACAACGUGACGUCUUCCUGUUGCAAAAGAACAAUAUAGUUGACUCAGGUAUAUGGGCACCUACACUUUAUCAACACGUCAAGUUACAAGAGAUAGCUAUACCCAUGAAUAGUGAUUGUACUGAAGCUAUUCCACUUAGUUCCACGUACGAAUGUCCGUUUUCUUCAAUCACAACAUCGUCUGCAAUUGUUACUGAACCGUCAUCCCAUUCCGUCACUCCUGAUUUUAACUUUAGUAUAGACAACAUGUUUACCAAUAUUAACCAAUCACAAAUUGUACAGGAAGAAAUCGACGACUUCAGACGUGCAGAUUGUUUCGAUAGCUCACCUUUAAAUGUGUUCUCCAUACCACCACCUCAAUUACACAAAAACAGACGAACAAAACCCAGCAAGAUAACUAAAACCAAAAAGUACAAAGAGUUAGAACAGAUGAUAAACAACCAUGCUUCAAAUUUGUUCGUCAGCCCAGAUAUAGCCGUUAGCAAUCUUCGUAUGUUGUGUGACUCAGUUACGUCAAUCUUCCAAGAGGACCAUCAAGUCAUUCCAGAACAACCCAAUGCUGCUUCCUUUGACGUGUCUCCAUUAUUUGUCUGUCCACCAGCUGAUGCAUCAGUGCUGACAUCUACUUCUGUUUACAGCCAAGUGCACGAGAGUAUAGUUCUACCUGUAGUACCAGAUCCAAUCAACAACCGAGCUAUGUUUUCUUUAAAAACUUUUCCUACAGUGGAAUCGCCAGUGUCCGAAACUAGUUGUACCUCUUACUCACCACAGAUUAUCUUACCGCAGGAAUCAUCUUCCGGUUUCAACGGCCAUGCUACUGUAGCAGAUAUUCCAAGUCUUGUUACCAUAUCGUUACUUUCUUGAAUAUUGAGACUUUAC